CACCAUUCAACACCCACUUUGAUCUUCCAUUUCAAGUUCUCUAUCUCCAGAAACAUAAACCGCAUUAUUUUCUCAUUCUCUCUCUCUAGAACUGCAAUGGCUUCUAGGAGUUCAACAACAUGGACUGCUAAACAGAACAAAGCUUUUGAGAAAGCAUUAGCAGUUUAUGAUAAAGACACCCCGGAUAAAUGGUACAAUGUAGCGAAAGCAGUGGGUGGAAAAACGGUCGAUGAAGUCAAAAGGCAGUAUGAAAUCCUCGUUCGAGAUCUCCAGUAUAUCGAGUCCGGCCAGAUUCCCCUACCCAACUACAAAAACACUACUGCAACUAAUACUAAUUACCAUCAUCACCAUGGUCAUUCCAACAAUGGAAGCAACAUCAACAUCAAUGACGAAGAACAAAGGUUAAAGUAUCUAAAGCUAAGAUAAAAAACAAAGAAUCAGAAGCAGUACAAAGACAACUAUGGUACAUCAAGAAUUAAACCUUUUAAAAUGAACCCAGCUAUUUUCAUUAAUGCUUGUUUAUUAUUUACUUAAUUUUGUUCCUGUGGCUGUAUUAUCUUCCUUCAAGCGAUUCUAAAAAUCGUCCAAGUGUACUUAAGAAAUGAAAGAAUAAACAAUAACAGUAGUAAUAGAUUUCAGCUUGUUCC